AUGAUCGCUUCACAGCUUCUCCCCGUUCUCACUCUUGCGCUUCUCCUGUUUAAAGAGAGUGAGGCCUGGUCGUACAAUGCCUCCACAGAAACCAUGACUUUUGACGAAGCUAGUGCUUACUGUCAGCAAAGGUACACGCAUCUGGUUGCGAUACAAAACCAAGAAGAAAUUAAGUACCUGAACUCCAUGUUCAGCUAUUCACCAACUUACUACUGGAUCGGAAUCAGAAAGGUCAAUAAGCAGUGGACCUGGAUAGGGACCCAGAAGCUUCUGACCGAAGAAGCCAAGAACUGGGCUCCAGGCGAACCGAACAAUAAGCAAACCAAUGAAGACUGUGUGGAGAUCUACAUCAAGAGAGACAAGGACACGGGCAAGUGGAAUGAUGAGAGAUGCGACAAAAAGAAGCUUGCCUUGUGUUACACAGCUGCCUGUACCCCUACAUCCUGCAGCGGCCAUGGUGAGUGUGUGGAGACUGUCAACAGCUACACCUGUGAGUGCUACCCCGGCUUCAGUGGACUCAGGUGUGAGCAAGUUGUGACCUGUCGAGCACAGAAAGACCCUGGGCACGGAAGCCUGGUUUGCACUCACCCUCUGGGGCACUUCAGCUACAAUUCUUCCUGCUCCGUCAGCUGUGAAAAGGGUUACCUCCCAAGCAGCACAGAGACCACGUGGUGUACUUCCACAGGGGACUGGAGUGCUCCUCUUCCCGCCUGCAAUGUGGUUGAGUGCAAUGCUUUGACAAAGCCUCCCAAUGGCACUAUGGACUGUCUCGAAAGCUCUGGAAACUUCCCAUGGAACACAACUUGUGCCUUUGAGUGUGAAGAAGGAUUUGAACUAAUGGGACCCAAGCACCUCCAGUGUACCUCUUCUGGGAAUUGGGACAACAAGAAGCCAACAUGUAAAGCUGUGACAUGUGAGGCCAUUGACCAUCCUCAGAAUGGGUCUGUGAGCUGCAGCCACUCCCCAGCUGGCGAGUUCACCUUCGGGUCCUCCUGCAAUUUCACAUGCGAGGAAGGCUUCCUGGUGCAGGGGCCAGCCCAACUUGAAUGCACCGCACAAGGGAAAUGGAAUCAGCAAGUCCCAGUUUGUGAAGCUUUUCAGUGCAAAACCUUGUCCAUCCCAGAGAAAGGCUACAUGAGUUGUCUUCCUAGUGCUUCUGGAAAUUUCCAAAGUGAGUCCAGCUGUGAGUUCUUCUGUGAGAAGGGAUUUGUGUUGAAGGGAUCCAAAAAACUCCAGUGCGGCCCCACAGGCGAAUGGGACAGUGAGGAGCCCACAUGUGAAGCUGUGAAAUGUGAUGCUGUCCGGCAGCUCCAGCAUGGCUCCGUGAGGUGCGCCCAUUCCUCUACUGGAGAGUUCAGCUACAGGUCCUCCUGUGCCUUCAGCUGUGAGGAAGGCUUUGAAUUACGUGGGUCAGCUCAGCUUGAGUGCACAUCUCAGGGACAGUGGACACAGGAGGUCCCCUCCUGCCAAGUGGUACAAUGUUCAAGUCUGGCAGUUUCUGGAAAGAUGAACGUGAGCUGCAGCGGGGAGCCCGUGUUUGGCACUGUGUGUGCGUUUGCAUGUCCUGAAGGAUGGACGCUCAAUGGGUCUGCAGCUCUGACAUGUGAUGCCACAGGACACUGGUCUGGGAUGCCGCCUACCUGUGAAGCUCCCACUGAGUCCAGUGUCCCCCUGGCAAUCGGACUCGCCACUGCUGGGACCUCCCUCUUGACAUCAGCCUCAUUUCUCCUCUGGCUCCUGAAACGCCUACGCAAGAGAGCAAAGAAAUUUGUUCCUGCCAGCAGCUGCCAAAGCCUUCAAUCAGACGGAUCCUUCCACAUGCCUUUGUAGUCAUUUUAAGUCAAACGGAAUCAGGAACACAGGUACCUCCAGGGAACUAGAGAAAUACCCUGAUGAUGGCAGAGACAGAAAGGGCUCCUCUGGUCUCUGGUACUUCUCAGCUCCCACAUC